CCCCUCCCAUAUCAUGUGAUUCAGGUGUCCCAAUCCCUUCCAUAUCAUGUGAUUCAGGUAUUCCAAUCCCCUCCAUAUCAUGUGAUUCAGGUGUUCCAAUCCCCUCCCAAUCAUGUGAUUCAGGUGUUCCAAUCCCCUCCCAAUCAUGUGCAUUCAGGUGUUCCAAUCCCUCCCAUAUCAUGUGAUUCAGGUGUUCCAAUCCCCUCCCAAUCAUGUCAUUCAGGUGUUCCAAUCCCCUCCAUAUCAUGUCCCAAUCAUUCAGGUGUUCCAAUCCCCUCCCAAUCAUGUGAUUCAGGUGUUCCAAUCCCCUCCCAAUCAUGUGAUUCAGGUGUUCCAAUCCCCUCCCAAUCAUGUGAUUCAGGUGUUCCAAUCCCCUCCCAAUCAUGUGAUUCAGGUGUUCCAAUCCCCUCCCAAUCAUGUGAUUCAGGUGUUCCAAUCCCCUCCCAAUCAUGUGAUUCAGGUGUUCCAAUCCCCUCCCAAUCAUGUGAUUCAGGUGUUCCAAUCCCCUCCCAAUCAUGUGAUUCAGGUGUUCCAAUCCCCUCCCAAUCAUGUGAUUCAGGUGUUCCAAUCCCCUCCAAUCAUGUGAUUCAGGUGUUCCAAUCCCCUCCAUAUCAUGUGAUUCAGGUGUUCCAAUCCCCUCCAUAUCAUGUGAUUCAGGUGUUCCAAUCCCCUCCCAAUCAUGUGAUUCAGGUGUUCCAAUCCCCUCCAAUCAUGUGAUUCAGGUGUUCCAAUCCCCUCCAUAUCAUGUGAUUCAGGUGUUCCAAUCCCCUCCAAAUCAUGUGAUUCAGGUGUUCUAAUCGCCUCCAUAUCAUGUGAUUCAGGUGUUCCAAUCCCCUCCAUAUCAUGUGAUUCAGGUGUUCCAAUCCCCUCCAUGGACACAGGUGUAUACAAUCAUCCCCUAGGCAUGCAGACGGCUUCUACAAACAUUGGUGACAGAAUGGGUCGCUCUCAGGAGCUCA